AUGGCUUUUGCCGUCCCCAAUCAUACAGCAUAUACAGUAGCCGAUACUUUGAUUACACAGGUAUUUCUUCAGUACGGGUUCCCAACACAAAUUCAUACUGACCAAGGGAGAGAAUUCGAAUCUCAUUUGUUUUCAGAAAUUUGUAAACUGUUAGGCGUAGACAAAACCCGAACGUGUCCAUAUAAUCCAAAAUCGAAUGGCAUGAUUGAAAGAAAUAAUAGAACAAUUCUUCAAAUGUUGACCCAUUUUGUUUCUGUAGAACAAAAUCAAAAAGACUGGGAUGAUCAUUUGUGCUAUAUUAUGGCAGCUUAUCGUGCUACCCAACAUAGUAGUACAGGCUGUUCACUCAAUUUGUUAAUGUUAGGGCGCGAGGUAGAUAACCCUAUAGACUUAAUGGUAGGCCCUCAACCAGGCCAGCCUGAAAAUGAAUGCACAAUAGAAUAUGUUAAAUGGGUUAAAUCAACCAUGAGGCAGUCAUAUUCAUUUGCCUAUGAGAAAUAUAUACAGAGAGGAAAAGAAAGUGGUCAACCCUAUUACGUGCCGCCUGGUGACAGUAUCAAGCAAAGACUUCUCACUCAGUUGGAGUUAGACCAACUGAGACUCGACAAAAAAGCAAAAGAUGCUGAAGAACGAAGGAAUCGGGCGUGGGAUGAAGUGGUGGAGCUUUAUUUCAACAGAUUUACAGAGCUAGAUUGGGAGGACGUUUGA